UUACCACCUGGGGGCGGCCGGUCAGGAAAUCCAGGAUCCAGUUAUAGAGGGAGGGAGGUGCUAAGUCCCAAGAUCCUUAGUUUUGUGAUGAGCUUCGUGGGCACCGUGGCGCUGAGCGUUAUUGGAGUAAUAAUAUGUUAAACUACGUAAGACAUUGUCUCAAAUCUUAGUUGUGCAUUUUUAGAUUUUAAGAAAAUUAACAACUGGGAAUCAUUUUUCAAUUCUCUGAUUCGCCUUGUUUGACAUUGCAGCCGACAGUGCAGGUGACUGCUGACUGACUGAUCUACAAAUCACCUUGCAUCAUAAGUAACGACUCAUUAUUAUUUGUAGAUCAGUCAGUCACAAUUUACUCAUGAUACAUCACGGGUUUGAUGCUAUCCGUCUCGGAACAGGCCAGUGACUUCUCAAACCCCAUGCCUGGUCUGCUUAGUCUGCUUCGCAAGCGUACCUGGAAGUUUUGCGAUGUUGCGCUUCUGGGUUUAUAAACUCUGUGAUAAAAUAUUAAAUUAAAAUGUAAUAAUGCAAUAGCUUCAUUAUUUAUUUAGUGAUGACGUAGUCGUUUCUCCGGUUGUUGUUGGCAGUUACAUCAGGGGAAACGAGCACAGACACAAAGUCAAAAGUGGCUAUAUAGUAAAACAUUUAUUUUUUGGUUUUAAUUUAAGGUUAGGGUUAGGCAUAAGGUUAGUAGUGAGGUUAAUGUUAGGGUUAAAAAUCCCAUUUUAUGAAGAGAAAUGGUAGAAAUGGGCGGGGUUUGAGACUGUGGUAACUGGUGACGAUUGGCGGACCAUUGAAAUAACAAAAUGGAGGAAUACGCACGGGAGCCGUGUCCGUGGAGAAUUGUGGAUGACUGUGGAGGUGCUUUCACCAUGGGGGCCAUUGGAGGAGGGAUCUUCCAGGCAGUCAAGGGCUUCAGAAAUUCACCUUCAGGGAUGAGCCACCGAUUGAAAGGUAGCAUGACUGCCAUCAAAACCAGAGCCCCACAGUUGGGGGGUAGCUUUGCAGUAUGGGGAGGACUCUUCUCCAUGAUUGACUGUGGGUUGGUAAAGGUAAGGGAGAAAGAGGACCCCUGGAACUCCAUCACAAGCGGGGCCAUGACUGGAGCUAUCCUCGCAGCAAGAAAUGGACCUGUGGCCAUGGUGGGCUCUGCAGCAAUGGGAGGUAUACUGUUGGCGUUGAUAGAGGGUGCUGGGAUCCUGCUUACUAGAUUUGCUUCAUCACAGUUCCCAACUGGUCCCCAGUUUGCUGAGGAGCCAGCCCCCAUGCCUGCCCCUUCCUUUGGAGGAGACUACAGACAGUACCAGUGAGAGGUCUCAGUCUCUAGGCCUUUUUGAAUUCCUUGCUGAAGUUACACUGGGGAUAUGGAGGACAAAUACUACACAAUAGGCAAUUGCACCUAACAUUAUGGACUGGGUCAGAACUAAAGGGCAAAUUCACACUUUCUUCCCCCGGAGCCAUGUACAGAUUUGCCUUUCACCAUCCUCCGUCUUGACAGUUGUGCGUAGUUCACCCUACAUUGGUUAAAAUAUCUGAACUGGAGACGAGGGAAAAGUUUGGUUUGUACAAUCAUAACAUGCAUGUAAUACCCUACCCUGCAAGUGUGCCAGACACUGGAGCUGAUGUUGAGCCAAGGGCACUGCCAUGGCUAUGUCAAUAUCAACUCAAAGAUGGACCCUUCCAAACUUGUAUAAUGUUUUUCGUAUGUGUGUAUAUAUAGGCUUUCCUGCAUGCAUUUGAUAUGUUUUGCUUAUUUGCCUUGUUGUUCAUCAUAUCCUGUGCUUGUGCUCGCCAUUUUGUAAAUUUAAAAUGUAAGUGGGCAUUUUAUGAAUUGAUUUUAUUGAAUGGUAUAAAAGGCAAUCAAUUCAUUAUGCUGUCCCUGAAAUCUUAGGUUUUAUAGGGACUUGUUUUGUUUGUUGUAGUUGAUAAUUAUAUGCUUUUAUAAAUUUACACCAAGAGGCACAAAUUACUGCUGGUAAAUGAUGUUUGAGACAGAAGGAUGAUGAACAGGACAAACCUCACUAGUUACUCAAUGCAAGGGGUUGAUACAACGUAUCUGUAUGACAGAUUGAAUUACACAAGAAUAAAAUUGGUAAAAUACAA